UUUACAUCAUGUGACAUACCCCGCUAAAAGGUAAACAUGGAUUCUCCACUUUUGGGGAGAUCUCUAAGAAAAACGGUCACAUCAUUCACUGAUGUUUUGUUUCCGAUAUCAAAAGAUGCACAGGAUCCACAACAAUACCAACUGAAAAAGACAGGAAAUGAAUAUGUUACAAACCUGCCCCUACAGAUGGCACUUUUCUUUAACAUUUUCUAUGCUCCAUUCUGGUUAACAGCGACACUGGUCACAUUUGAAGUAAAGUUUUCUUACUUGUCCACCUUAUAUCUGAUAUUACUGAUAGCCAUAUAUGUAGUGUUUACCAUAAUGGAGGUCGUCAGAUUGUAUGUUGGUUUUGUUGGAAACUUAGCUGAAAGGGUACCAGAGUUAGCUGGUUCCUGGUUGUUGACAGUACUGAUUCAGUUACCACUCAUACUACUUCUUCUUUUCAACACUCAGCCUUUACUGUUACCAUUUGAGCGUGCUGUACAUAUUGUAGAAGCCAUGUUUGUAGUGUUUGAAGCAAUAUGUGGCUACUUUGCUAUCAGGACAAUGGUUAAUUAUCAAGUUACAAAAUUUCAUUUAAAACAAUUUACAGACUUAGAAAAUAUAACUGAUGAUGACUAUUGGCAGGAUAGAUAUGAUUACUCAUAGCAGCAUUGAAUGUUAGAAAAUAAUAGGACAUAUUAUAUGACACCAUUUUAUAAUUGAUCUGAAGGUCUUAUAUAGAAGAAUGAAUUAGAAAAGUGUAAAAAAUAAUGUUGGCUUAUCUUUGAUGAUUUCAGAAGUGAGCAGGAAAGAAAUUAUCAGGGAUUCAUUCAAUACUGUUAUCUAUUAACAAUUUGUUAAGAAUAAUUUUUGAUUGAUAAACACUUGGUAAAAGUUAAAAAUGCCAUAUUCAAAUCAUACUGUCAAGAAAAGAGUUAAGCCAAAUGUUGAAUACAUUUCUGUUUAAAAUUUAAAGAAGAAUGUAAAUGAAUAUCAAAAUCAUAUCAAAAUAAAAUUUGUUUUUGAGUUGGUAAAAAGGCAUUCAAUUACACGAAAACAUAUAUAAUUGGUUCUUUUUUUUUAACCAAAGUAAAAUGAAAAAUUACUGAUGAAUUUGUAUAAAAUGUCCAGGGAUCUCCAUGGCCUGUUUAACGAUGGCGCCCCGCCAUUGUUCAAAUGUCUUGCGCCAUCUUCAAAUGACUCGCACCAUCGUUAAAUUGCCUUGCGCCAUCGUUAAACUGUCUUCCGCCACCGUUUAAAACUUCAUUGUUUUUUUGUAGC